AUGAAAAGAAGUAUGAGUGAAAGUGAUUCUGACGAUGGAUUUGACGAGCGACUUAAACCCGGAAUUGUGUACGUUUAUUUCAUAACUGAAUCUGUUCUCGCAUGCUACACUUUUAUAUGUUGUUGUACACAUACAUGUCAUUUAAUAAAUUAUAUCUUUGCACAGAUUAUUGAAAAGCGACGGAGGGACAGAAUCAAUACCAGUCUCUCGGAGCUGCGGCGACUGGUGCCCUCGGCUUUUGAAAAGCAGGGUUCGGCGAAACUUGAAAAGGCCGAAAUAUUGCAGAUGACAGUUGACCAUCUGAAAAUACUGCACCAGAAAGGUCUCAACAGUUACAACUUCGACCCACACGCCGUUGCGGUAGAUUACCGUGGCAUUGGUUUCAGAGAAUGUGCAGCUGAAGUUGCCCGUUAUCUAGUCGCCGUAGAAGGGUUAGACCUUCAGGAUCCGCUCAGGCUACGCCUGCUGGGGCAUCUUCAAUGUUAUUCUGCCCAGCGUGAAGCGGCAGCUAAAGCCUCGCUCCAAGGCAACGCAUGGAGUGGAAUGGGCAGCAUGGGCGGGAUGGGAGGUCAUGGAAGCUUCACCCCCACUCAGUAUGGCAGCUCUUCUAUGUCAGCGCCCAUGUCGGGGGUCAUUCCAAGCCAACAUCACCAUCUUAAUCAGUCAGAACACAUUUCUUCAAUGCCAACUUCAUCUCACCAAGGUGGAAUCAUCGGCGGGUCAUCUGGCAUCUACUCUGCUGGCUCAUCAUUCACUGACACAUCUCGUCAUCCACAAACAGAUGCGAUUCUGGCAGGACACAUGAGACUUUCCAGCAGCUCAGCCAGCUCUGCUGCUGCGCCAAUUACCCCCAUGAACCAUAAUUCAGUAGGGCAGUCUCAGAUAUCCCCACCCCUCUUCUCCACUCUCCCGAACCUUCACUCACAGUUCCCUGUAUCUGCUUUGAACAUGAACUCCGUGUCUUCCAUGAUGUCUGCACAGAAUUCCAGUGCUUCAUAUCAAAACCAAGGCCAGAAUCAAGGCAACUCCGUCAAACCAUACAGACCCUGGGGAGCCGAACUGGCUUACUGA